GGAGUUAUAGUUGCAGAACUGAAUCCAAAAAAGCGAUAAUCUUCGACAAGAAUGGUCCAAUUUGGCAUCUUGAUAUCAACGCUACUAGCACAGCUCGUGACGGCUUCCGACCGACAUAAGAUCGUCUACAAGAGCCUCCAACAAGCAACCAACGAAUGCAACCAGUAUAACGUCCAAGGGGGCUGUCUGACCCGUUGCGUAACUCAGAUCACCCGUGACUGGAACGACACCCUCGGAAUGUCCCCUGUGUACAGCCGUUUCUUCGAGCCGAAUCCAAACGACGUCUGCAGCAACAACCGCACCCAACGAUGCCUCCAGACUAAAAAUGCAACCAUUCCUACGCACAAAUCCUGCCUCCGAGCAUCCGAAGCCGUUCAGUGCUAUCUGGACCAGUACGGCGAGGUCAAUACGAUUGUUCCGCAGUAUGUUCGAUUCACCACCUAUCAGGAUGUGCAAAACCUCUUCGAUUGUGCCGCCAUACUGGGCUAUUGGAAUGUAGAACAGUUGGAUGCGAUAUUGAGAGACUCGGAGUUCAAGCGGCCAGAUACGCGAUGUGUGAUUCGCUGCGCUAUGAUCCGGUCGGGACUGUACAGUGAUGCGGAAGGGCUCAAUAUGGCGCGGUACUACGUAUUGUGCGGAGGGUACGACGAUGGCUUUUACCAGCGAGCGGCUGAAUGUGAAGCUCGUUUGCGACAGGAAGUUCCGUGCGAGGACAAGUGCUUACUGGCUCAGCGAAUGGCCAGUGAAUGCAUUGGGGAAGAUUACGAAACGUCAAUCAUGCAAAGAAAGGGCAAUACGUAUAACACGAUCUAUGCUAUACAGGGCAGUGAUGUAUACAACAUUGAUGGUCAAAAUGCGAAUUCAAACGUCGCUAUGACAUCCAUACAGCGUGAUAAAACCGUCAACAUUGAGAAUGUCAACUCUGAUUUUUACAAAUACGGCGAUACUGUUAAUGUAAAUAAAUAAGCAUA